GGUUUUAUCGUGGUGCACUUUCAAGUUUAUGUUUGUAGUUUGUUUUCUUAAUUAACUCAAGCAUUUUACAAAUUACUCACUAAAUAACCCUUUUGAACGAGCAUUAUGUUAUAUAUGUAGAGUUAACGUCAUCCAAGACAAUACAAUUUAAAAGCUGAUUUUCAAGAUCUUCAAGUAUAUCUUAUAUUUAGUGUAAUAAAAAACGUUUGAAGUAUCAUAAUUUACAGGAUUAUGAAUUUUUCUAGCGAGGUAGCCAAAUAAAAGCUCUUAGGCAACAGAACAUUUGUCUUAAAUGUUAUAUCGACUUUUAAUGAGAUGUUUUUGUUUAAUGGUACAACUAGAUUUUUACCACAGUAUACGGUCUAUAGCUGAAUUAUUACUAUGUUAGAUAAAUCCUUUGUGAUGCGAAAAUUUCUAGCAAUGUUCCUGUAACUUUGUGAGUUAGCUAAGCCUCUGUUCCAAAUUUGUUGUUACAACAAGUUCUUGAAGCAAUGCUAUUUGAUGAUAUGAGUUCUCUUAGACUUUCUUGAAAUUUCGUUCUCACUGAUUGGCAUUAAUAUCGGUAGUUUAUGAUGAAAUUCCCGCCUUGAUUCCUUAAGAAUUCAUCGGCUUCACCUAGAUGAAGUUCCUAGAAGCCUCCACACUUGACAACAACUUGUCAAGAUCUGGUAUCUAUGCUAUUUGUUUCAUCCGUAUUCUUUUAGUUCCUAUGUUUUUUAUCUAAGCGAAGAAAUACGGGUUCGAAAUAUGACAGAUUAUUAGAAACGAAAGACACUGGUUUGUCUAAAAAGAUUUUAAUGCCACUCAUGAGACAAAGUAAGAUAAUGUAGUGUUAUUGUUAUCAUGUGAAAUUUUAUAGCCAUUCAGUAUGGACUCUAAUGUUCCUAUUAUUAAAUGAAACACCUAUUAACUGGUUUCUCUUCACCUCGACUGUAGCUAGAAGGACAACUGAAACUUCGGUGUGAACUGUGUUUAAAGAACUUGUAACUGUUGAUACAAGUUCCAUUCUUGAAUCAUUAACAAAACACUAAAAGUAUGGUUUUUUAACUGAAAGUAUCCAAAUAAAUUUAGUAUUAUGUCGUCCUCUGGGCCAAGUUAUUUAGUCGUGUAUCUCAUUGUCCUUUUGGAUAUCACCCUUGUAAAAUUGGAAUAGAAGUAAUCAGUCGCAACUUUCCCACAUACAGACUGACGACCUUCAUCUCAACUGGUUAUUGCUGUACCUUGUUCUACCAUUGUUUACAUACCACUUUUAACUGUCAUUCUCUUCGAACUUAUUUUAGACCUCAUAAAUGAAAAGCAAUGAAAGCUUUAUGAUUAAAUUGCUCGGUUCAAUGAACAAGAUUCCAUCGAAAUCAUCUACACGACUUACAUAGCACUUCUUUCAUCUUAGCAUGGAAGACUGCUUCUACAAAACAAGGUGUAUAAUACUUUGAAAACUACAUAUAUAUGCUGAAUAUUACAUGUAACAACUAACGAUUUCAGUCGUUGUUAAUAGCUGACUCCGUUGUGUGAUUUAUAGAUCUUUAAGAAGAGGUACAGUUUUCGUUGAAAUCUUUAGGAGUUUUUCCCUCAGAAGUUCUUAAACCUCGAGUAGUGCACUUUAGAAUUAUUAAAUAAUAAUAAUAAUACUAGACAUCUACUAUAUCAUAACCUGAGUUUUAUUAAACAUUGGCCAGUCAGGCGUUUGCAUAGGAACACGAUCAGCACCUCAAAGUCCUGCAGCGAUCAAGAUACCUUUAAACCGCUAGGUUAGAACCCGAUAGUUUACAGUUUAACGUUAUUCAAUUUCCUGUAGCUCAAGACCUACACCCAAUGAUAUUUCAGUUUCGGUUUGGAACGGACAGGAGGCUUGAUGUCCUGUUUUAGUCCUGGCAAUGAUGGUCUCUCGGUUGAUCCAACUUUCUUUUGAAAGAGUCGACUGAUGGAGUCUCAACCGCGUGUUGAGAUCAUGAAUUACACUAGUUGGUGAUUCUAUGAGAAAAUCGAUAGUCAGCUGACAAGUAAUUUGUUCUGGGCUUGUGAACGCUUUUGGAGUGUUCUCGUAAAUUGUGUUUUGGAUGACAAAAAAAAAUGAGGGCAUAUCAGAUGCAAAUUUAUCACUAAGCAAUUUGAAAUCUGUAAUCAAGUCGCUUCUGGUGCUCCGAUAUGACAACGGGAAUAAAUUUAGCUUGGCCAGUCAAGCUUCAUACGGGAGUUUUUCUAAUUCGGGAAUCAGCUUAUUUGCUGUUGUCUGAACAUUUUCCAAAAACUCACUGUCAUUUUUCAAGCAGUACUCAAGUUUAGGACGCACAAACACUGUAUACAAAGUCAAAAACGUUUUAGCAUCGACCUGAUUAAAAGCCCUACGUAUUGAUCAUAGAGUUCUAAAACCUUUGGCGGCUAUUACACGGCAGUGUGCAGUAGUCUUUAAGUCUUGGCUAACGAUGACUCUCAAGUCAUUGUUUGUCUGAACAAAAGGUAGCUCAGUGUUAUUUAUCGUGUAUGUACCUGUACCUUGAUGACCGAUAUGCAUUACAAUAAACUUGCAAGUAUUACUCGGCAACUGCCAGGCUUGAGACCAUUCAGACAAUUUCUUCAGGUCAUUUUGGAGUUCUAAGCUAUGGGUAACUUUCUAAUUGACUUGGAUUUUGAUUCACUUUGCUCAAUGUUUCUUCCUUUCUGAGAAAUCGGAAAAAUUUUUGUUAGAUGCCAUACAGAGUCAUAAGUUCUCACGCCUCUGAACUUUAAGACUGGAACAAACAGCUCCCGAAAUCGCAGAAAUUUUCAAUAGUUCUCCAAGUUCCACCAUUUUGUACUGAAUUUAGCCUCAAACAGUAGAAAAUCUACAUAGAAGUAUUUCAGUUAAUAAAAGCAAAAAGAUUUUGUUUUAUCAGUGGUUUCAUGUACAAAUAAAACAGGUUACAGUAUAUAAUGGUUAGUCUCCCAAGUUAAUUUAAAAGCAUUCAUGCUGAUUAUUUUAUUAUAGUACUUAUAAUGUCUAGGUAAUCAGACCUGUUUCUACCAUUACAUGGAAAAUAUUGUCUUACAUUAUGAAUUGUUUCAUAUACAGGAAAUGAUGAGCGAGUAUAUUCCUUCAAACAUAAAUUUUACGAAGAAAAAUGGUAUGCUUAGUUUCACAAAAGGUAAGCAGCCAACAACAACAAAAGUUAGAUCAAAACUCGCAAGCAGGUAAUAGUUUUUAAUAUUUUUGAGCAAGACACCAUUAAUCUUAAAAUCAGGAAGGUUAUUUUUGAAGACCCUUUAUGCCUGAAUGACAAAGAUAUCGUUGCUGACGAGCUACUGGUUCAAAAAGAGGCUGAUUAUCAUCGUAAUAACCACAAUAUCGAUAGCGCUAUUUCAAAUAAAACGGGUGUUAAUUUAAAAAAGAUCAAUGACGAUACUGAACUAAUUGAUUUAAAAGGAAAGGUUCAAGAUUUGUCAGUCCAGUUAGAAGAAAUAUGUAAAUAUUCACGUUCACCUUUAAAUGAAAAUGAUGUAUGUUUCUGUCAUGACCUCGUUGGUGGAAAAUGCUUAUUACCACAAAAUCGUACUUAUACGGACUCUCCACGGUUAAGAACUCCGCCAAAAGUUUGGUUCUCUAAACCAGAUUGUUGUCAGUCAUGCACAGUACCAUGUUGUUUUAAAGCUGAUUCGAGUUCUACAAAUUUAUUGAAUAACCCGGAAAAACUACGACCACUUACUGAUGAAGAAUUAAUGCAGGAUAAUUUAAAUGACAUCAGACAUCGUUUAUCAUUACUACAAGAUAAUUAUGCACCAAAACAUUUACCAUCAUCUGUAUCAAAUAAAAUUGAACGUGAUAUUGAUGAACAUUUGGAAGAACUCAAUAAAAAGAAUUCAGAACGAAAGCAAUAUCAUCAUUUACCAACUAAUAGAACAUCAACAUAUCAAACUAUCAAAGGAAAAUCAUUAACUGAUCAGAAAAAAACAGUCGAUCAUCAGUCUUUGAAAUCAAAAACGAAAUCAACAAUUACACAGGAACAAUUUGAAUUAAAUCAACGAAAAAAUAGAAAAUUUCCAAAAGAAAAAUUAGUUCAUUCAUCUUACAAUAAAUUAAAAUUACCUAAUAAUAAAUUAAAAUCUGAAAAUUUAAUGAAAUCUUUAAAUGGAAAAAAAGAUAAAACCUUAAUAAAAAAUAUUAGCAGCUAUGAUAAUGAUGAUGAUAAUGAUGAUCCUGAAAUAACUUUAGAUAAAUUAGAAAAAUAUUUAGAAACUUCUGAUAUGAUCAUGGAUUCAAAAGUUGAAGAUUUAAAAACAAAAAACACUCAACAAGAAACAAAACUAGAUGAGACAAAAGAAAUGGUAAAUGAACUUCGUUCAGUUUACCAAGAAAUAAAAGACUUGUUAAUUAAUGUUCGUAAUCAAAUUGAUGAAAAUAACAGUAUGAAAUUAGAACAAACUGGAAAAAUCGAUACAAAUACAAACUCAAACACCUUACUGUCAACCUCCCAACCUGUACUUACUCCUGGUACCUUACUUCCAAGUAUUCGACUUGCAAUGGAAUAUUCUGGUAAAACAAUUUCACCUACAGAUGAUAUAACUCAAUUAAUAUCUAAUUUACCUGAUGAUCCUCUUGUUAAAGCUUCAACUGCAUUGUAUGAACUUAAUCGACGACGUAAUAAUCUAGAGAAUAAUCUUGCUGCAUUAGAAUCUUCACAUAAUGAUCAAUCGAUUUUCGGAUUACUUGAUUUAUUAACUAAAGACAAGUCAUCAGCGGAGAAAGCUCGCAUACAAGCUAUGAUAAAUGAUGCAAUCGAUAAAGUUGUUCAUGAUAAAAAAUCAGAAAAAAACACCAGAUCAAUUGGCCGCAUUUCACGACUAACUCAACCGAAAUCUCAAUUAACCACUCAACCAAAACAAAUGAGGGAUACAUCAAGUUCUGGUAGCUCCCCAACGAGAUCAAGAAAUGUGAUUGAUUUAUUUCAACAUAAAUUAUACUCUACAGAUCGUUCUCCGUCACCAGUAACGCUUACUUCUCCAUGGCGUUUAAAUAGACGAAGAGCUAAACGGCCAUUAUAUCCACGUUCAGUUAAUGAUCCCGUUAGGCCACGAACAGCUGUCCUACGGUUAAGUGAUGAAAAUCUAACUGGGAUUUCUUCACAAAGACGAAUGCAAAGAUCUAAUUCAAAAGUUGUACGAUUCAUUGAUCAUCAAAAUGAUGAGACAAUCGAAUCAACUACAGAACCACAACAAAUACAAUCAAAUAAAUAUAUUAAUCUGCAAGCUAAAAUAUUCACAAAACCGAAUUCAGGUAUAAUUCCAUUAGGAAUGUAUCAAUAUUCACUUUCAAUAGGACCUAGUAAAAAAUAUAAUAAAGAAGACAAGCUAAUUUCUACUGAUACAUCUGGUUUACUUCAUGAAAAAGGCACUGGAUUUCAUUUUCAAUCGAACCAAUCGUCUGAACAACCUUCAAAUAAUUUCAAUGUCUUAUCCCGUACAGAGUUAGAAGAUAAUAUUUUAUCACGUCUUGUCUUACAGAUCUCUGAUCAGUUAGCUAAAAAUCAAUCGCAAAGUCAUGAUACUUCAUCUAAAGAAAGUUUACAACACUUAGUUGAAACUGCAUUAUUAGAGCGUAUUGGAUCGAUGCUUUCUCCAGCAUCAUCAGUUAGCCCUAAUCCAACUAAUCAACUACUACGAACAGAACAGCAACAACAUCUCAAAACACCAUCUUCAUCACCUGACCGGACUAGUCAUUUAGGUCUACUGGAUAUUCCUACUCCGAUGGAUAGUAUAAAUAAGAGUGAAUUACCUUAUCCAGAUGAUCAUGUUCACACAAAGAGUAAAACACCAGAACCAAUAUCAAAUUGGCAACCAUACAAUCCAGAUGAAGAAAGUAUUUUUAGAAAUUCACGAUCACCACCAACUAAUCCCCGCUAUAUUUCUACACCUGAACCAUCAUUUGCAGAUAAUUUUAGUCUUCGAUCCAAAUUACGUUCUCAAUCUUCAAGUCCUAUUAAACAAAAAUCCGUUAUGAUUUCACCAUUCCCAUCAAGUCCACAGAAAUAUCCAUCUGAGAAAAAUGUUUCUGAAAAAUCAGCUGAAUUUAAUUCACAAUCACUGAAUUCUAAUUCAACUGCUUUAAUUGAUACAAAAAGCUCAUCAUUUACCGAACAAUUCAGUCUCACUGCACCAGAUACAUUCAGUGAUGGAAUGUGGUUACUAGAUCGUUCCGAAGGUGAAGCACCAUAUCCAGUGUCAUAUAAUAAAUUGAAAUUAAUUAUGUCUAAUAUGGAACCAAUUCGAAGUUCAUCAACACGAAGAAAUAAUUCUUUAACUCAAACAUUUAGUUUAUCUAAAAGUACUUCAAAUUCUUCAAAUAGUUCUUCAUUCGAUAAUACUAAACAAUUAAAACAGGAUGAAAUUAGUCCCGGACAAUUACCAAAUAUAUUAACUACUAAAAAACAAUAUUCAAAUGAUAAACAAAUUAAUCCAAUCAAUAAUCCAUUACUUCAUUUAUUAGCAAUAAAAAAUUCUAAUCAAAUUAAAAGGAAUCAAUUGUCACAUUAUGAAAACGAUGAAAUGAAUAAACUAUUAAGUCAAUUAAAACAAAUUCGUCAAUAUUCUAACAAUAAUAAUACUAUUGUUCAUUCACCUAGUCUUGAAUGGUUAGCUAAUCUUUCUGGUAGUCCAUUACCACAAUCAAAUUUAAAUCAAUUAAAAAAUGUUAAACAUCGUAAAUCUAAUACGAAUUUAGUAAAUUCAUCUAUAGAUAAAUUGAAAAUUGAAUCAUCUACAUCAAUAGAUGACAAAUUAAAACAAUCAAUCAAACAAAAUCAUUCGAAUAAAUCAAAUCAUUCUACAAAUGAAAAUGAUAGUUCAAAAAUUUCGAUGUUACGUCGAGUGGAACUUGUACACUCAGAUGAUAGUGAAGCGACAACAAUUGAUGAUGAAACUUAUGAAGAUGAUUUUACUGGUGAACAAACUAAUUAAAAUAAAUAUUUAGCGGUGAAUACUUUUCAAUAAAGUGAUCAAGUUUGGUUGAGUGUUUCAUUGUAUGAAAAUAUGAUUUUGAUGACUAUCAUGAUUACAUGUUUAUUACACAAGAUGUUUUCUUAUGAAGAUUUCUGUGAUUUCACUUACAAAAAAUAAAAUUAAUUAUAACUUAUA